UUGAUUAACCACAUGUAACAUAGAUUUUUCACACAAACUCAAGAAACAAAAUUCAUUUAAAUAUAAUUUUAAACAGUUGCUUAGAAAAUUUGGUCAAAGUCUGAAUUAAAGCUAUAGAGACCAAGUCGGGAUGGACAGAGAAAAAGCAACGAGACUGAAGCAGUGGGCAGGCGAUGUUUUGGAUGCUGCUAUUCUAGACGGGGACAACUUAGUAGAGGCCAUAGCUGGAGGACUGGGGGAGAAGCUUGGGCUAGCACUUCCCGGGGAAACCACGCAGAAAUUGGCUUACUCUUUGAGCUACAUUGCAAUUAUAGAAUUCUCCUAUCAUGUGAUAGGAAUUGGCAGCUCAUUUUCUUCCAUGAAUUUUACUGCACUUGCUCUUGCUCAAAUGAAAAAGACACUGGCGGAAAUCAAAAAAAUGGUUCAAAUUAUCCUUUCAACUCCUCUGAAAACGGCCGGCAAGAAAGUAUUGACUGCCAUAAACUAUUUGGAAAACCAACUAGUCGAUGAAGCUAUUGGAGAGUUUCGUGCAGCCAAGGAGGAUGCUCAAACUGCAUACGAAUACGCUAAAGCUCAAGGAACAGAUUUAGAAGUUCUGAGACAAGUUGAAACAGCUUUUCAGAUCAUAAUUUUGGCAAAGUUUUCGAUGUUGUCCUACAACAAAGAAAGCGGAACGAUCGAACCAUUUUCUGUUCUUGAUGACAACAAACAAAAGGCAAUCGCGAAGGAACUUGAACGUGAUUGCUAUGACUUUCUUGAAUACCAUGCUAAUGUUAAAGUGGGCCUUUUUAGCCUCAACAGGGACACCAAGAAGUUGGAAAUAAAAUCAGUGAAGAAUAACCUUUUGAAGUGUCUGUAUCCUUACAUUUCGGAAGGCAACAAAUACACGAGUCCAAAUAAAGAGCUUCCAAUGGUGUUUGAAAUAGAGUGCAAUUCCAAAUUGAUCCCUGAUGAUGAAGAUAAUGCUACUCUACUUAAUCUAGGUUUUCGAAAAUAUAAAGGGAACAAUGUGAGAGAGUCAGCGAUGCUUUACAAAGACAGCGACGGAGAUGUAGUGGCUGUCCAAUCGCUUGGAAGGAUUUUGUUCUACGAAAGAAAAAAAUCCAAGACGACAGUAAAAUUUGGGCCCAUGAAACCGUAUGCACUUUCUUCUUUUCUCAUGAGAGGCAUUGAGUUUGAACGAACAACCGACAAAAACCCAGUUUUUUACGCUACACGUUUUGAAGUGUGCAAGAACAGAAACCUACCAUAUUCAUACCAGAAACUUACCACUCACUUCGAUCCGGGGAGUGUUCCUUCAUUCUACUUGUACAAGUCAACUGGCAACGCCUGGUUCUGUUCAACUAGAGUGGGAGAAGAUGAUGACUACCAUAGCUGUGUGUUGAGAAACAUACCUCGUCAAAAGCUUGAAGCAAUAACCGAAUGGCCUCCACUGACUGGCUGGGAAUACUUCCAUGAAGACGGGGACUGGAAGCAAUGUAUUUUGCAACAUCAUUCCUUCUGUGAAAUCAUCCUUCCUGAUCCUUCGGAUGAUUUAGAGUGUGCUUCAGAGUGUGCGAGCAACGACGAGCAACAUCGAGCAACAGCGACGAUUAACAUCGAGCAACGACAAGCAACAGCGAGCAACAGCGAGCAACGACAAGCAACAGCGAGCAACAACGACGAAAUUAAAGGCGAGGAAAUUAACAGCGACGAAAUUAACAACUACGAAAUUUACAGCGAGCAAAUUAACGGCGACGAAAUUAACAACUACGAAAUUUACAGCGAGCAACAGCGAGAACGACCGAAACAUUUCACCACUAGUGGGCCUCUGGCAGCUUUAGAUUCAAAGUUUGAAGACGACGAUGUGAUAACCUUUUCGGACGAAAUUAACAGCGAGCAACGACGAGCAACAGCGAGCAACAGCAACGAAAUUAACAGCGAGCAAAUUAACAGCGACGAAAUUAACAACUACGAAAUUUACAGCGAGCAACAGCGAGAACGACCGAAACAUACCUCGCACACGGUCGAGAACGGUCGAAAAAUACAUCGAACUCGGUCGAAUUCGGCCGAAAUUGACCUCAAGCACGGUCGAGCACGAUCGAAACAAACCUCGCGCAAGGUCGAGAACGGUCGUAAAAUACCUCGAACACGGUUGAGCUUGACCGAAAUUGACCUCAGGCAUGGUCGAGCUCGAUCGAAACAUACCUUGCGCAAGGUCGAGAACGGUCAAAAAAUAUGCCGACCACGGUCAAGCUCGGCCAAAAUUACCCUCGAACACAGUCAAAAAAUGAUUGUCCCGCAUUAAUUCAGAGUCAAAAAUUAACAUUUUCGUUUGUUUCAAACUUGUUUCAAAAAUUAACAUUUUGUCUACUCAAA